CGACGGAGUUGUGUUGGGGAAGUCGAGACGCGUUGGCGUUAGAGACCGGGGCUACUUGAGAACACGCGGCGGCCCCACACUCCUGUCGAGCGAGCGCAAGGAUUCUGCACAACGGCCUUCAACCAAGUCACAGUAGCCUCAUCCUCUCGGCACACAAAACACAAACACCGCAAGAUGGCAACAACAUGGAUGGACGGUACGUUCACAGGAGGCGGGCUUCAGGCUCGGGUUCAGUAUGCUAACCUGUGUCGAAUCGCACUCUGUUCUAUGGCCAAUUUCCAGUCGGGCGUGGCACGCUGCUCGCCCUCCGUAAGAACGGCUUCAAGCGCACGCUGAGGCAAAUUAUGUCCAUGUAUGUCCGGGGCAGGGCCCGUUCACCCUGCACUCGCAAUCCGAACGCUAUUUACGGACUCUCAUGUCUGUUUCCUUCUCUUUAGCGACCAACCGCGCGUGGGAACACAUGCCGGCACAGACGAAUAUGGAAACAACUACUACUACAACCCGAAGGAUAUCGUCCUGCGUGACCGCUGGAUCGAGUAUGGAAGGUGGAACUCGGACCCUUCGCAAAUCCCUCCAGAAUGGCACCAAUGGAUCCACCACAUCACCGACGACAUCCCGACUGCACAAACGGUGCCAAAGCCCUUCUUCACGGGCAAGCACCUCGAGAACUUGACGGGGAGUCGCGGCGCCUAUAAGCCGUACAGCACAACGGUGCCGAAGUUUACGUCGUGGACUCCGGGGACGAAGGAGCGUCAGGGAUAGAGAGCGUCGUAUACCCCGUCUUCAUGGAAUUGGAAAUGAAAGAUGUGUUUCAAUGAGAUUGUUUUGUUGGAGAGGAUUGUGGAAAUGGCGAUUCUGGUUUUUGGGGCAGGUGGGGGAGGGAUUGCUCUCGACGGUCAGCGUUGACUGGGGACAGAUCAUCACGCAGAGUGUUAAUGGCGAAGAGA